AUGCGUGCUGCCCCCACCUCGAAGGCGCAUGGGCAGGCUGCAAGUCCUCGCUUGGAGCUUGAGGACCUGCUUCUUCAGUGCAAGCGCGCAGCCUCCCGGACGCCGAUGAACAACACUCUGGGAAGGUCUAACGGCCACAGCCGCUCGCUCUUCGAAUCUCGCAACUCCAUGUAUAAUUCCCUUAAGCCGCUUGUCUCUCGAAUCAUAGACGAACCUAAUCCAUCCCUCGCUUUUACUCAUAGAAUUUGUACGAGCGAUAUCACCCUUCCGAUUCAGUCUGCCGUUUCUGAGGCGGAGGUAGAAGAGAGCAGAGAUUGCAUUUCUAGCUCGCUGGUAUCCUACAAGCCCAACAUAGGUGCCUGUGCCCCCUCACUGCUGCCUGACGGUGCUAUCAGCAGCGGCCUGGGCUCCAUCGUUAGCAGCCCGAUUCAGAUAAGGGCGGCCCAACGACAUUCGCCUUCGUUGCGCGCAUCGUCUCCCCUGGUUCUUGCCAAGCCAAUGACAUGCAGUGCCUCUUCUCAGCUACGUGAGCAGAAGACGCCCAUGCCCACUGCUAUUUCGCUUAUCGACUGCUGCGGCACUUCCACAGCGCAGCCAGACACAACGCUUCGGCUCUCUUCUCUCUCGUCGCAAAGGCAGGAGGACUCUGGUCCGAGGGCGUCCAUGCCAGGGCUGCCGGGGACCAAUAGUCCUGCUCUCUUCUACGUUUUGCGGCUGAUCAUCUGCCAGCAUCACGCCAAGAUCAUUAGGGCUCGAGUCGAUUCCCAGGGAUACUACCUUUUGGUUCUCAACUCUUCCCACAGUCUUCUGGGCCUUGUCCAAAAGCUUUCUUCGGGCGCACUUGCUAAAGUUUGGGGAAAGGCCUUUGAGAUAGACAAGUUCGCCACGUGUGCGCGCGGAAAGACCUUGUGUGACAGCAUGGUCAAGUCGUACAUGGUGCUUCGCGACGGCGUGAUCUACCUGGAAGACCCGCCAGUUCAAUACACUAACCAUACUGUUGGGCUCGUUAUUUGA